CCUCCUCCACCACCUGCCCUGCCCCUGCUGGAGUUAAAGGAGCAAUGUCGAGAGGGGAAUGAACAUCUGAACCCUGGCCCUCCCACCAUGGUCAAUCGGUGCUGUGAGUCUGGUCAAGAUAAGAAAAAGAAACCAACACAAGAAAAAGAAAAGUCAAAGAACAAAAAGCAACUAAAGAAGAAGCAAACCCAAGUUGAGAAAACUAAAGCUGCAAAGACAGGUAGAAAACUUCAGAAAAGAAAGGCAAUGAAGAUGAAACUCACACACCAGCCAAAGAAGCUGCCUGUUGACAUGGAGCAGGCAAGCAUAAAGAUCCAGGCCUGGUGGCGAGGCACAUUGGUGCGCCGGGCCCUGCUGCUCGCCGCCCUCAGUGCUUGGACCAUUCAGUGCUGGUGGAGGCAGACCAUGGCCAGGCUGCUGGAGAAGAAGUUACAGAAGGUGAUGGGUUACAGCCUGAGGCAAAUACAUGCAGCUGUGAAGCUGCAGUCCUGGGUGCGGAUGUGGCUCGUCCGGAAGCGUUACCUCCAAAAACUGCAAGACUCCAGGAAUGAGCACUGCAUUUGCGAAAAUAAUAAUAUGGUCCAGGGCUGCUAUGAGAUCACAGGAAACAAGCCAAAACUUCACAUUGAUAUCUUUUUUGAAUCACAAAUCUGUCGGCUUUCAGACUGCAUACUUUUCCCAAUAAAGAACUGACCAGGGUUGCUCCUAC